CAUUCCCUCCAGACAAGUGCAAGCUUUGAAAACCAGUCGUAUUUUUACUAGUCCGUAUAACCUCCUUCGAAAAGCCCUUGAACCGGAUUAAGUACAAGAGGGGUUUGACAGUUACGUGCCAGGCAUUGGCGGUUGUGUGCAAAUUACAUUUGGGCUUAGUGUUGGAUGGAAGACGUGGCAAUGGACGAGGCGGAACGAUGGCGCGACUUGGACUUGCUGCUAACACGGCCAGGAAGGCUGGUGGGCCCCGGAUUUGAGCCGUGUCCUGAGCUCAGAGAGUUUCUCCAAAGCCCUGAUUGCCGGGUGCUGUGCGUGGGCGCGGGUGGACUGGGAUGCGAGAUCCUAAAGGACCUUGCGCUCUCGGGCGUGGUGCACAUCGACGUCAUUGACAUGGACACAAUUGACGUGUCGAACCUGAACCGCCAAUUCCUAUUCCGCAUGAAGGACGUGGGGCAGCCCAAGGCCACGGUGGCGGCUGAGCGCAUCAACGCGCGUGUGCCGGGCGUCAAGGUGACGCCGCACUUUGGCCGCAUCGAGGACCAGCCGGCGGACUGGUACCGCGCCUUCAGCCUCAUCGUGCUGGGGCUGGACUCGCUGGAGGCCCGGCGCUACAUGAACUCAGUGGUGUGCGGCUUCCUAGAGUACGACGAGGAGGGGCAGCCGGACCUGGCCACGGUCAAGCCCAUGGUGGACGGCGGCACGGAGGGUUUCAAGGGGCACGCGCGUGUCAUCCUGCCGGGCCACACGCCCUGCUUCGAGUGCACGCUGUGGCUGUUCCCACCGCAGACCAAGUUCCCGCUGUGCACUCUGGCGGAGACGCCGCGCUCGCCAGCGCACUGCAUCGAGUACGCGCACCUCAUCCUGUGGGGUCAGGUCCGGCAGGGUGAGGAGUUCGACACGGACAACGAGGAGCACAUGAAGUGGGUGUACGACAAGGCGGCGGAGCGGGCCAAGCAGUACGGCAUCCCGGGCGUGACCUUCCAGCUGACUCAGGGUGUGGUCAAGAACAUCAUCCCCGCCAUCGCCUCCACCAACGCCAUCAUCUCGGCGCAGUGUGUGCUGGAGGCGCUCAAGACACUCACCUGCUUCUCCACCGGCCUAGACAACUACAUGAUGUACGUGGGUAGCACGGGCCUGUACACGCACACGGCCAAGUACGAGAAGGACCCCAGCUGUCCCGUGUGCAGCGCCGGGGUGCCGCUGGAGGUGGACCCGGACGCAACGCUGCAGCAGUUUAUCGACCAGCUCCUGGCGGAUCCGGCGCUGGGCAAGCUGCUGGCGGCGCCGUCGGUGUCGUACGGCAGUACGGACCUGUACGGCAGGGGGGUGUUCGAGGCCGACACACGGCCUAACCUGGCACGGCGGCUGACGGAGCUGCUGGGGGGGCCGGAGGCGGCGGAGGGCGCGGUGCUCACGGUGAAUGACAAGAAGCUGCGGGGGCCGCUGCGAGUGAGGCUCCGGCUGGGCAGUGACAUGAGCGGGUAGCAGGGGAGCUUUGGAGAGAGGGAAAGGAAGGGGAAGGGGUGGAGGGAAGGGGGGGGGGGGUGGCGGGCUGUUGCGGGGUAUGGUUGGCGGCGUGGGUUCGGAGGCGUGGCUGUGGAUCGGCCGUGGGUUAGCGGGGCACUGUGCAGGUGUCCAUGCAGCAAGUCGAUGCGCGGAGGCCCGGCGUCAGAAAGGACAAGGGUGAGGUUGAAGAGCACCGCGGGCAGAGGGAGGUUGUGACGUGCGUGUUUCCGGAUUUCCUAGACUGUCAACUGAGGGCUGCUCGUCGGCCGAUGCAACGCGGUAUGAGCUUUUGCGUCGCUUUGGUGUGCUCCUGAAGAGUCUGCGGGGUGGCUAGGGCUUAUGUGCCCGAGCCCAGCGGAAACGGGGGUGGGGAGAGGGGUCACUUGAGCGACCGCGACAAUGACGUAGUUCCCGGACCCCGGCACGCAAGUAUUCCCUCGGCUCUACGCCAGGACUGUGAGCGGUGCGUCCAGUCUAUUCAUAAGCUUCCAGGCAUGCGGAGACACUUGAGGGACUGUGAGGGCCGCCGACCCAAGCCGCCGACCCACGGGGCUCCUUCCCCCGCCCAAUGCGGGAAGCCGGCGGGCCUGCUAGUUAAAAGCCGCC